GCCGUUUUGUUCAUAUCACUGUGAUGUUGAACUUUGCGAAGAGCCUGAGCGGUGUUUCGAAGACUUUAACCAUUUCUGCUUUUAGUCAGUUUGUAGUUGGCCUCCAAUUGAACAUGGGCAGCCUUCCGCCCGAAAACAGGUCCAUUCAUUCCGAUAAUAUCGCGGAAGUUCACAGCGUUCCAAUGAAUGUCAUCAUCCGACCCAUUCCGUCGGUUUUGGACGAGAAUAAAGUUCAGAGUCUCAUGAACACAAUACAGGAAACGCCGGACAUGGGGACAGUUCCCCCCAUUGAUGUGCUGUGGAUUAAGGGCGAGAGGGGAGGAAACUACUUCUAUUCCUUCGGAGGAUGUCACCGCUUCGCCGCCUACCAGAGGCUAAAUAUGGAAACUAUUCCAGCGAAAAUAAUCAAGUCUAACAUAUCCGACCUGCGCACGUACUUAGGCGCGUCCACGCCAAACCUGCAGUGAGGUGGACUGUGACUGUUAUGUCUGGGGACCGAGGAAAGGGCCUGAAGUCAACAACAGGACCACGUAUCAUUCCACGGACAUGUGCAUAUACUCUACAUUAGCAGAGUAUACUGUACAGUAGCUUGCAUAUAAAAAUAUAAUUUAUUUUUCAAGAAAUGGGACGUUAUUUUCAACUGACAGUGCUGUAAAUUCAAGUAUCCACUAGGUGGAGAUGUUACUCCACAACAUUUUCAAAUGUUUGUCAUGUUGUCAGGCCUACACUAAUUUCCAUAACUUUUAAUAUAUUUUAAAUUAUAUAAAUAAACAAACACUAAGUGUAGUUUCCUUCCUAGUCGCCAUACCAGCAACACGGUAGUCUUGUGACAUUUGUGUGACGCUUGUAACAGUAUGACAUCUAGAAGUUGCUUUUGAGGUUUAAAGCAACUUUUCUAUUUUACAUACAAGUCAUGGGAGGCCAUGGCCUGUAUGCGUGUGGAUGGAGAGGUAGCUUGUAGUAGGCAGAGAAGUAGAUUGAGCCUGCAGCAGACACUUGAAAGCACCUCAGUGCCAUUCAUUUGCCUUAAAUAAUGGGUUCAAACUCCUUUUGAUGAUGCACGGAUAUACAAUAGGCAGAGCAAUGUGCCUGCAACUCCUGGUAUUAGCCUACGCUGUGUAGCUUUGUUGCUGCAUACCGAAGAUGACCCCUUGAAGAUUUUUGAAGACUAUUGACAUAAAUUGGAAUUUAUUGUGUCCGUUGCCCUAAAUCACAGACCUCUUCACAUCACUUACUUCUAUACCCCACAGACCUUUUCACAUCACUUACUUCUAUACCUCACAGUCAAGCACAGCUAUAUCAUUUAUGAGUUCCAGAUUAUUUGCCAUAUUUAAGGAGGCUUUGUUUAUUUAUUUUCCCAUAUCUUGUUUAUUUUUUAAUCCAAUAGAUUAACUCCCUUUUUAUGCAUUUUUGGAGCAGUUAAAGCACAGUAAUGAACAUGUAAUGACACAUGGUGCUGCUGUGUGUUUCCAUAACCAUAAUGCUAAUGACUGAAGGGGUACAGCCUACAA